AACCCCCCGUCGGAGCGAGGCGAUCUGCGCGGUGUUAUUCUAAGUGACAGUUUUCUGGAAAUCCCCCACCUAGUCGUAAGCUCCGCCCCCCGCCGCAGCCAAACAGAGGGCAUUUACACGGAACGCGGCAGCACAGCUCCGCCAGAAGCGCAGACACGAAGCGAACGCACCCCGCCGCGCACGACAAGCCCCGCCAUGGACCUCCACCGGACCAGCAUACUGAACCAGAUGGAUUACGGCCGCGAUUCGAAGGAGGGCAAGCCGCCCCAGGCGACGGAGGAGCGGCUCGACAGCGGCCUGGACUCGCUGAAGGAGGAGGAGUACCAGGCGGUGGCCGCCGAGAUCCGUCGGCUCCAGGUGGACUGCGAUCGGCCGCCGCACCAGCAGCAGCCGCCCGCUGCAGCCGACGGGCCGCCGCACGAGUGGCACGCGCAGGUGACGGAGGACGGAGACACGCUGCUCCACCUUUCCAUCAUCCACGAGGCCAAGGACUACAUCAGGAGCAUGAUCGAUGUGUCCAAGAACACAGACUUCCUGAACACACAGAACGACCUGAGACAGACUCCUCUCCACUUGGCAGUGAUAACAAACCAGGCAGACGUGUGUCAGCACCUGCUGGUGUCCGGCUGCGACCCCACGCUGGUGGACAACAGGGGAGACACGGCCCUUCACAUCGCCUGUCGCCACGGCAACCUACCGUGUUUCAGCGUCAUCACCCAGUACAGUCAGAAGGAGCACCUACAAACGGCGAUGGCUGCCUGCAACUAUAACGGUCAGAACUGCCUCCAUCUUGCCGCAGUUCAGGGUUUCCUGUCACUGGUGGAGAACAUGGUGGAUCUCGGAGUUGACGUUAACGCAAAGGAGCAGCACAACGGUCGCGGCGCUCUGCAUCUGGCCGUGGAUCAGCAGAACCUGUCACUGCUCAGACUGCUGCUGAAAAAGGGCGCGGACCCAAACCUCCUGACCUCUGGAGGCCACACCCCCUACCACCUCACCUACGGUUACGGCAGUCGCGACAUCAGGGAGGAGCUGUACUCGCUGACCGCCCCCGACCUGAGGGAGCUGCCCGACAGCGAGGAGGAUGACAGCGAGGAGGAGGACGAGGACGGGAAGUCUGACGAGGAGGUGGGUUAUGACGACAUUCACUGGAAUGGACAUUAGCAGGAAGCGAGUCAGAGAGAGGAAGUUACAGAGGCGAGAGGCUUUGACGACGAUGGUUGAAAAGGAACGGGAGAAGUGGCUCGGCUCAUCUGCUACAUCCUGGAACGACGUCACAGGAGCCCGGCGGCGUGGGUGACACGCCGCAGAUGUGACCACUGACAAAAACGGACGGACAGGCGGCCGGCGAGGGCAAAUAAAACAGAGACUGGCGGCUGGAUGAACCAGAGCGACCGCUCCGGGGGCUGCAGGAGGAGCAAACCGUCAAUGGGAUGUGAAUACCACAUUGCGGUGGGACGGCGUCGCUUGCAUGAUAAGAGGAACGCUUGUAUUCUGUCAUCAUCCACACAGAUGUAACUGCAACAGCUGUUGUAUGAUAUUGUAAAUGCUGUGUAUACUGAGAUGUAUUUUUUAUGGAAGCUGUGAACGUGUACAGUUGAGCAGGUUGUAUAUGUCAAGACGGCAAACAGUCCCGCACACUCCAGUUAAAUUAAAACGACUCGUAUUUAAAAGUUGA